AUGAGUGGUAAUAAUGGUAGCAGUAGUAGCAGUAGUAGUAGCAGUAGUAGUAGUAGUAGUAAUAGUAUUGGUGGUAUUGGUAGUGAGAGUAUGAUUACUAGAAGAAAAAGAAUAAGAAAAAUAAACAGCAGUAAUGCUGUCAGUUGUAAUAAUAUUAGUAUUAUCAGUGGUAGUUGUUGUGGUGUUAUUUUUACUACUGAUAGCAUAACACUUAGUGUCAAUUGUCGAAUCUGUGUCUGUAAUGUAAGGAAUCGGUUGAUAGGUGUAAGCAAUGGUAAGAUUACAGCGAUUGAACAAGAACACAAUGAAAAAGAAAUUUGUCAGCGUUCAUUUUCAAUAGAUGAAAUGUGGAGAGAGAUUUAUUGGAAUACUACUGAAAUAAAAGAUGAUGUUGCAACUGCUUCAGGUAUUGUUGCUAUUCAGUCGAAUGAAGCGAUGCGGAAAUAA